AUGCUUUCUAACCCACUCCACCGUUUCUCAGCCUACAACGCCUUGCCGUCGAGCGGCAUGUUAUCCAGUGGCCAUGUUCCUUCCAACCACAUGCAUACCGGUUUAGAUACACUUGCCCACGGUUCGCAAUACGCACUCCAGCAACUUCAACAGCACGUCGACGUCCACCAAAAUUCACAGGUCCACCGAGGUCAGAAUUCCAAGCACCGCCAACAUCCUUACGGGCCAGGUGCUAUCAAUGGGAGGUCAAAUGGCAAUGGUGCCUCGGGACCAAUCAGAAGAAGAAUAAGUCGAGCUUGCGAUCAGUGCAACCAGCUUCGGACAAAAUGUGAUGGGCAAGCGCCAUGUGCACACUGUGUUGGCAAGUUCUCUUAGCCUUGCAUGAAACCCUCUUCGAAUCUGCUAACACAUCCUAGAGUUUGGUCUGGGCUGUGAAUACAUUCGGGAACGAAAGAAGAGAGGAAAAGCAUCUCGCAAAGACCUCGCGCAACAAGCAGCUGCGGCGGCUGCUAAUGGCCAAAAGUCGCCUACCGGGCAGUCGUCUGAUGAGCGAUCACCUACGGAAUCUCGGAAUGAGAGCGGAGGCUCUGCAAAGAAUGACAGCAACAACGAGUUCAAGAGACCACAAGCACAGAGAUCCCUCAGUCUCAAUACAUCUGGGCUUGAAAAUGGGUCCACGAGAGAGACUAUCAAGGGAAGGUUGCGUGCUGGGAGUCUCGAGAGCCUCACAGAAAUCCAAAACGGACAUCAGCCUCACAUGUCAAGUCGCGCAGAAGCGGAUCAAAUCGAAAGCCCCGCGUCCCUGAAUAUGACCGGCUAUUCUAGCAUGCGUGGAUACCACGCUGGUGGAUUGAACUCCCACAUAAUGAAUGGCAAUGGAAGCCAUCAGAACUUCAAUGCCGGGCAAGGUUCUGUACCCGGUUACACAGAUCUCCCCUAUGCCAUUCAAACCCAAAGCCCGACUCAUUAUCCGGCCAAUACUCCGGCUGCCUUUCGUUUAGGCGAUAGUCCUCUGCCCGGGUUCCCCAUGGGGUCGGAUGCGGCGUCACCAGGAGGUUGGAUGUCUUUGCCAUCUCCCUCUACACAAUACCGGCAACACGUGACGCAGAACUACAGCACCACCCUUCGCUACCCCGUAUUGGAGCCUCUCGUCCCACAUCUGGGAAGCAUCAUUCCUUUAUCCCUGGCAUGUGAUCUACUGGAUCUCUACUUUGCAAGCUCGUCAUCAGCUAUGAUGCACCCCACAUCACCAUACGUUCUCGGAUACGUCUUCCGAAAACACUCUAUUCUCCAUCCCAGCAAGCCCAGGGAUUGCACUCCAGCUUUGCUGGCGAGUAUGCUGUGGGUUGUGGCACAGACUAGCGAUGCUGCUUUCUUGACAGCUCCUCCUUCUUCACGUGCACGAGUAUGUCAACGUCUACUCGAGCUCACCGUUGGCUUGCUCAAACCAUUGAUCCAUGGUCCAUCUGCCGGAGACUCUUCGCCAAACUUCUCAAAUACCGUUGUCAACGGUGUCGCUUUGGGUGGCCUGGGUGUUGCCAUGCCUGGCUCUGUGGAGUCUAAUGGUCUGGAUGGAGAUAGCAGUGCCUUUGGUGCUGCCGGUACAUUGGAUGAUGUGGUUACAUACAUCCACCUUGCAACUGUGGUGUCAGCAAGUGAAUACAAAGGGGCAAGCUUGAGAUGGUGGAACGCUGCCUGGUCUUUGGCUCGAGAAUUAAAACUUGGUAGGGAAUUGCCCACAAACCCGGAAGCCUCGCAGCAUGGAGGCGAAGGGGGUGAAGAUGUUGACGCAGAUGGAGAAGCAGAUGAGCAUGGCCCUACUAACGCUGCAACGGCGAACGAGGAAGAACGCGAGGAGAGGAGGAGGAUAUGGUGGCUGGUGUACACAGUGGACAGGCACCUAGCACUCUGUUACAACAGACCUCUCUUCCUGUUGGAUAUUGAGUGCGACGGCCUUCUCCAGCCAAUGGACGACACGUUGUGGCAGGCUGGAGAAUUCUACACUGGUGAUUCAAGCAUUCAUAUUACUUCCCCGAGUGGUACACCACGGAUUAGAAGGAGAGGACCUAACUUUGAGUGUACGGGACAUAGCAUAUUCGGAUACUUCUUACCCCUAAUGACCAUCCUCGGAGAGAUCGUCGAUCUCUAUCACGCCAAAAACCACCCACGAUUCGGCAUCGGCUUUCGAUCUGCCCAGGAAUGGGAUGACUACGCCAGCGAAAUUGCGCGACAAUUAGACGCCUACGGUCAAAGUCUCAAAGAUUUUGAAAUCCGCCAUCUUGGUCCUCAAUCAGAGGAACAGACUGACAAUAUGGAAGGGGUUUCGACGACGAUGAAGCCUGAUCAUAACGACGUCGGGACUCCUUCCGUGCAUUCAGUUCAUUCAGUCCACACCGCUUCAUCGGCACAUGUUUCUGAAACGGAAAUUCAAACUCGUAUUGUAGUUGCUUACGGAACACAUGUGAUGCAUGUUCUUCAUAUUCUUCUUACAGGAAAAUGGGAUCCAAUAUCCCUACUUGAUGACAACGAUCUCUGGAUCUCCUCACAAAGCUUCAUCAACGCUACUGGACAUGCGGUAAGCGCGGCGGAAGCAAUCAACAACAUACUCGAGUACGAUCCAGGUCUGGAGUUCAUGCCUUUUUUCUUUGGCGUGUAUCUGUUGCAGGGAAGCUUUCUACUCCUGUUGAUUGCGGACAAGCUACAAGUAAGUCCGACUUUCACUUCAUUUCGUGAGAUACCUGGUCAUUACUCUGCACAUACUCUCAAGGGUCAUUAUGCCAAAAGUAUAGUACAAGAAACUUGAGUAUCCCAAGAUAUGUGGGUCAUCAAAGAAAUAAUCAAGUCGAUUAUUCUUAAAUGUUCGCAUAAUUAUUGCAAUUGCACGAGCCUUUCUGGCACAAUUCUAUUCCUAAGAGGGGUGUGCAGAGCAAUGACAAGGUCUCUUAUGUAACAAAUACUGAUUCGAGAACAGAUAGAAGCAUCUCCCAGCGUCGUCAAGGCAUGUGAGACAAUAGUGCGUGCACACGAAGCUUGCGUUGCUACUUUGAACACAGAGUAUCAACGGAACUUCCGCAAAGUAAUGCGCUCUGCUCUUGCUCAAGUUCGAGGACGGGUUCCAGAGGACUUUGGGGAGCAGCAACUGAAGAGGCGGGAAGUUCUUGCUCUGUAUCGAUGGACGGGCGAUGGGACGGGUUUGGCUCUUUGA